UUUUCUUGAGCAAAAUCUUUAAAUUACAUAUAAAAGAAAAAGAAUGAAACAAAAAUCGAAUUGCAAACAUUUCUCUAAUCUAUUAAAAUAAUAUAUAUAAGAAAAUAUUAAUAAGAAAAAGAAAAGAAAGAAAAGAAAAAGAAGAAAAUCAAUUGAAAACAUCAUAGUCAAAGAAAACCUUCCAAAUGGAAAGUGCACAACUGUACACAAACAAAUGGCAAAAGUUUAUAUUUCCGAUAAUAGCCCUAGCCAAAGCCAACCUACUUACUGGCUUAGCAUCACAAGUCAGUGAGAAUUGAUUGAUAUAAAUGGAAGUUACUGGACCAAAAAAGCUUUAUCCAAUUCUAAUACACCCCUCUGUCUCUCCCAUUACACAAAAGUUGUGGCCUUUCUAUUCACCGUCCAUUGUCAGUCAGUCCCUUCCUCUUAAGCCCCCCCACCCAUAUUUGCACUCCCUUUAUAAGUCACCACCUAGCCCUUCUUCUCUUCACCAACACACAAGACACCCAUUUAAGAAGGGGAAAAAGAAACGGAGAGAGAAGUAAUGGAGAUCGGUCAUGUCUCUUCUUUCUCUAGUUUCAGGUCUUACCUUCAAGCCCUGGGCCAGACACCAACUCGGCUGGCUUGCCGUGCUGGUUCAGUGUCCACUUCAUAUGAAGAAAUGAGCCGGGUUAAAGCCCGGUCCGGUUCUGAAAUGCAAAAGAGCCUUCGUUGGCAUGACUUGGUCUGUUUCGGCAUCGGUGGGAUGGUGGGAGCUGGUGUAUUUGUGACUACUGGUAGAGCCAGUCGUCUUUACGCUGGCCCGGCUGUCGUAGUUUCGUACGCCAUUGCUGGGCUUUGCGCUCUGCUUUCUGCCUUCUGUUACACUGAGUUUGCUGUUGAUAUGCCUGUUGCCGGUGGUGCUUUUAGCUAUCUCCGUGUCACCUUUGGUGAGUUUGCUGCUUUUUUAACCGGUGCGAAUCUCAUAAUGGACUACGUGAUGUCAAACGCAGCAGUUGCUAGAGGCUUCACCGCCUAUUUUUGUGCAGCAAUUGGGAUGUCCACAUCAAAAUGGAGGCUAGUGGUCCAUGCUCUCCCCAAUGGCUUUAAUGAAAUCGAUAUGGUUGCUGUACUUGUCGUCUUAGCCAUUACUCUCAUCAUUUGUUACAGUACCCGCCAGAGCUCGGUGGUGAACAUGGUGUUAACGGUGUUGCACAUUAUGUUCAUUUUGUUUGUAAUAGUGAUGGGAUUUUGGAAAGGUCAGUGGAAGAAUUUCACUGCACCUGCUUACUCCAAUCACCCAUCUGGAUUCUUUCCAUUUGGAGCUCCGGGUGUGUUUAAUGGAGCAGCUUUGGUCUAUUUGAGUUAUAUCGGAUACGACGCCGUUUCCACCCUCGCCGAAGAAGUACACAAUCCCGUCAACGAUAUCCCCAUUGGAGUUUCCGGUUCUGUUGCUCUUGUUACCGUUCUCUAUUGCCUUAUGGCCGCUUCAAUGUCUAUGCUCCUCCCUUAUGACUUGAUCGAUGCGGAGGCACCAUUUUCAGCAGCUUUCAAAGGGAAAUCCGACGGCUGGGAAUGGGUAUCGAACGUUAUAGGGGUGGGGGCCAGUUUUGGAAUUCUCACAUCAUUAUUGGUUUCGAUGUUGGGCCAAGCGAGAUACAUGUGCGUGAUCGGACGGUCUAGCGUUGUCCCUGCGUGGUUCGCCAGGGUCCACCCGAGGACAUCGACGCCUGUAAACGCCUCCGCAUUUCUUGGUAUCUUUACUGCUGCAAUUGCCCUUUUUACUGAUCUAAAUGUGCUCCUCAACCUCGUAUCAAUAGGGACACUCUUUGUCUUUUACAUGGUGGCGAACGCAGUAAUUUACAGGCGUUACGUAGCCAUAGGGACAACGAAGCCAUGGCCUACAUUAUCUUUCCUCUGCUCAUUUUCCUUCACCUCUUUACUUUUCACUCUCAUUUGGCAUUUCAUGCCUCAGGGCAAGCCAAAAGCCUUUAUGCUCGGCGCCUGCACUAUGACAGCGAUUGCAAUAAUACAAGUAUUUAAUUGCAUGGUGCCACAAGCUAGAAAGCCAGAGUUCUGGGGCGUUCCAUUGAUGCCAUGGAUACCUUGUGUAUCUAUUUUCUUGAACAUUUUUUUAUUGGGGUCUCUCGAUGGCCCAUCCUACUUGCGGUUCGCCUUCUUUUCAGGACUUGCAGUGCUUGUAUACGUCUUGUACAGUGUGCAUGCUAGCUUUGAUGCUCAAAGAGAAGGGUGUUUGAGUCUAAAGAAUGGUGAUAUUAUUCUCAAAGAAUCAGGAGAGAGUGAGGACCCUGGUUCCAAAGUAUAAUUAAAUUUAUAUAUAUUUGCCUUUAUCUUUCUUUGUGUAAUUUGACUUUCAACUUUUAUUUUUGAGUGGUUGAUGGAUAUACUCAGGAGGAAGGAAAGAAAAGAAAAAGAAAAAGAAAAGAAAAGGGAAUAGAAUAGCAUAGAGAAUGCAAAUUUUUCAAAGUGGCAACUUGUAUAGUUGGUAGAUGGAACCAGGACUUAGGUUUAUUUGAUCCUUUGUAUAUCAAGUCAUGUGAUCCAUCAGCUACUUUAGACUUGUAUGUUUUGGUUUCAAUGGGUAACUAAUUGAAAUGCUUGACAUGUUGCCAGGUUUUA